AUUACCUCUGAGCUGCUUCCACUUUACUGAACCAAAAUCAAACAUCAGUAUAGUCAAACAAAAACACCGAAACUUGUAAGCUGCAACCAAAAUUAAUUUAUAUAAAAAAAAAGGUAGUAAAAAUAAUUUCAUCACGGGUUCCUCACUGACACAGAAAAAAAAUUCUUAUCUAGUUCUGAAUUCCAAUCUCUCUCGCUCAAGUAUCAGCUAGCUGAUUGAUGAAUUUAUUCUUCCAAUCAAUUGCGAAUGGAAGCUUCAAGAUUGUCAUGUCCUCCAAUCUGUCGACCCGUUUCUUCCCUUAACAAAGGCCCCGCCUUUGCUCUACAACGUCACAUUGCUUUGCCUCCUCACUUAGCUUUGACUUUCCAUUCGCAGUGCAGGGCUCCAAGGUUUAGUGAUGGCACCGGCCUCCCCUUGAGAAAAGGAAUGAUUGUUCUGUCAAGGCUAGCUUCUCAACCAUACCUAUUGAAACCGUGUAGAGUUAAAAGUGAGGACUCAGAAGGGACUUUAACUGGAGAAAGUAUCAUCGGAGAUGAGCAGACAUUGGAGCAGGAUCUACAGAAUGCAAUUAAGGAGGAGAACUAUGUUAGAGCAGCAGAAAUAAGAGAUACCCUUCGUUCUCUUCAGAGUGACAGCAAGGCUUCUGUACUAGCAGCUAACGCUCGAUUUUACGAGGCAUUCAGAAAUGGGAAUCUGGCGGCUAUGCAAGCCCUGUGGUCAAAGGGUGAUAACGUGUGUGUUGUGCAUCCAGGCGUGAGUGGCAUAUCUGGCUAUGAUUCUGUGAUGGGGAGCUGGGAAAUCGUGUGGGCUGAGUAUGAAUUUCCUCUGCAAAUUGAUAUUCUGGACGUUCAAGUACAUGUUAAAGGGGAUGUAGGAUAUGUUACAUGCAUCGAAAAGGUUAAAACAAAGGGGAGCAGCUGGGGUAAACAGUUUGCGACAAAUGUUUUUGAGAAGAUUGAUGGUCAGUGGCAUAUCUGUGUUCACCAUGCGUCAUAUGUUGAUCUGUGAUCUGAGAUGCCGAGGAGAAUUCUGUGCUUUCCGGAAAUGUUGCUCACGAAGGGGGGAUCCUGUAUCCAGAAUUAUAGAGUUACCUGUCUGUUGUCUUGAAAGGUUUUGUUCAUAUAUAGGAGAAAUCCAAGCAUAGAGGCUGCAGUUUUGGUUAUGUAAUGGAGGGUCUAGUUUCUGGCAACUUUGUAGGAACAUAAUUUAUGUCCUGUUCUAUUCCUGGCAAACUUUGCCAUUAAGUACUUAAUGUAACAAGUUGAAUAUGUAGGUCGGAUGUUACUAAAUUGAUUUCAGGAAGAAAGUGAUCAACAUGGCGCUAAAAAUUUCUUUGAAUCAUAUUCUAUACACCAUGCAGUGA